AGUAGGGGAGGCGAUUUUUCGCUUUGUUUAAAAAAUCGGCGGGAACGGUUGGUUUCUUUUCGUUGUGUUGUUCUAGUGAUUUUUGUGGUCAAGUUUUGACAUUACGAUGAAGGAAACUAAUGCAGUACUAUUUGAAGAAGAAAAGAAAGAGAUUGCGAAAAAAGGUCACGAGAACUGCACAUUUCAUCACGAUUUAGAAUUAGACCACCGUCCUCCCACCAGAGAAGACAUGUUACCGGAAAUGUCGAGAUCGUACAAAUUGCUAUUGGCAUCACUAGGGGAAAAUCCAGAACGACAGGGACUAUUAAAAACUCCGGAAAGAGCUGCAAAGGCUAUGUUAUUCUUUACCAAAGGUUAUGAUCAAAGCCUUGAAGAGGUGCUGAAUGAUGCUAUAUUUGACGAAGACCACGACGAGAUGGUAGUUGUAAAGGAUAUCGAAAUGUUUUCCAUGUGCGAACACCAUUUAGUACCUUUCUACGGAAAGGUUUCCAUCGGAUAUUUACCAUGUGGAAAAAUUUUGGGACUUAGCAAGUUAGCUAGGAUCGUUGAAAUUUACUCUAGGCGGCUACAAGUACAGGAACGACUUACCAAGCAAAUCGCCGUUGCCGUUACCAAGGCAGUGCAACCUGCUGGAGUUGCCGUAAUCGUAGAGGGAACACACAUGUGUAUGGUUAUGAGAGGAGUGCAGAAGAUCAACAGCAAAACCGUAACCUCAACUAUGCUGGGAGUUUUUAGAGACGAUCCUAAAACCAGAGAAGAGUUUUUAAACUUAGUCCAGACAAAAUAAUUACACGAUUAUCUAGAAAAUAAACUUACAAUGUAUUAUUCCAGUAUACAAGAGUAACUAUAAAAUACUUAAGAUGUUAUCAUAUUUAUUAUUACAAAUUUAUAAAGAUUUACAUAUUUAUAUAUUUAUUUUUACACGUGUUUUCACAUAAUAAAUAUACAAUAGAAUCCCA